AUGAAAAGUAAAGAUACGCAAACAGCUGUAAAAAAUAAAUAUGAAAAUGGUGAUGGUCCAACGAAAAUUUACCGCGAUUUAGGUGGAGUAGUGUCAUUGCGAACAAUUAAAUCAUGGAUUCAAAUGAUCAUCAACACCGGAUCUAUCAAUUUAUCACAUCCUCCCAGUCGUCCUCGUACAGCACGAACAGAAGCCAAUACCUUGAAGGUUAAACGUAGUCUAGCUCAAAAGAAACGAGUUUCAACAAGAUUGUUAGCUGCUAAAAUAAGUAUUUCAGCAACAAGUGCACGACGAAUAUUACGUGAAGAUCUAGGUUGUUUUCCAUAUAAGAAAAUUAAACAAUCAAAAUUGGCUCAUCUUCAAAAAAGGAAGAGGAUUAAAUUUGCCAAUUGGGCGUUAAAUAACUACACCAAAGAGUGGGUGAGGAUGUGGAUGGGUGCAUGUACUGAAGGUCUGACGGUUCCGGUGAUUAUGAAGGAUGGGACGAUAGAUGCAGAAAGAUAUAUCGACGAAGUUCUUCCCAUUGCUUCAAAAUCCUACAAUAAAAUGUUAGGAAACAACUCGACUUAUCAGCAAGAUGUAGCUACACCUCAUACACAUUAUUCAAGUCAAAAAUGGUGUGCUGAUCAUUUUCCAGAUUUUAUUUCGAAGGAUCGUUGGCCUCCAAAUUCGCCUGAAUUAUGUCCAUUGGAUUACAGCUUAUGGAAUGAAUUAGCUGAAUCAAUGGACUGGGAGCACGUAACAACAAAGGAAACAUUGAGAGGCGAAUAUAUAUAUGUAUACUAG